AUGGCUGGUUAUGGCCCGUUAUCGAAUGCAUCUUAUCCAACUGAUAUUCCUGGUAUUGAUAAAUUUGAAGGUCGAAUGUGUCAUACGGCUGAAUGGGAUAAAACAAUUGAUUUUAAAAAUAAACGAGUAGCAGUAGUUGGCACUGGUGCUAGUGCCAUUCAAACUGUACCCGAAAUACAUAAAAUUGGUGUGAAACAACUGCUGGUGUUUCAACGUACACCUGGAUGGGUUAUUCCUCGAAUGGAUCGGCCUGUUUCAAAUUGGGAAAAACGACUGUUUGCAAGAUUUCCAAUUAUUCAGAAACUUGUUCGAGGUUUGGUCUAUUGGAUGCGUGAAGCUACGGCACUUUCAUUUACUUAUCGUUUGCCCAUACGCCAUGCUCUACAAGAAAUUGCCAAACUUAAUCUUGGGAGACAAGUAAAAGAUAGAGAACUAAGAAAAAAAUUAACACCCAAAUUUGAUCUUGGUUGUAAACGUGUUCUUGUAUCGAACGCUUGGUAUCCAACUCUAGAACAACCAAAUGUAAAACUAGUGACGGAUCGUAUUCAAGAAGUUAAAUCGGAUUCAAUUGUAACUCGCGAUGGCACUGAACAUCCAGUAGACAUUAUUGUGUGGUCAACUGGAUUCAAGGUUCAAACAUUUACAUUAAAUAUCGUUGGAAUGAAUGGUCGAUCAUUAGCUGAACAAUGGUCAGAAUCUUUUGAGGCAUAUCGUGGUGCAACGGUACCUAAUUUUCCAAAUUUAUUUUUCCUUCUUGGACCCAACACUGGUCUUGGUCAUAAUUCAGUUCUUGUAAUGAUCGAAGCACAAAUACAUUACAUAGCCGAAGCUCUUCUGCAUAUGGAAAAGAACGAUCUUCAAAUGAUCGAUGUUAAACAAAAUGUACACGAACAAUUCAAUCAAACAAUACAAUCAAAAUUAAAGAGCACCGUAUGGCAAAGUGGUGGUUGCCAUUCAUGGUAUCAAGAUGCGAAAGGAAAUAACACGGCUAUUUGGCCUGGCUUUACAUGGGAUUAUAUAGUAUACAUGAAAUAUUUUGAUAUCGACAGCUAUAUUUUCCAAUGA